CACCCUCUUAAGAGCAAAUUGCAAACACAAUCAGCUGCUAAUAAUUGCAAUUCAUCCACCUCCUGACCCUUACGGACGGCCACCCCCAACAUCUUAUCCAGAAGUGGUGUACGCAAGGCCACCUGAAAGAUAUGAACCGCCAGCUCCCCAAGUAAGUGACCAGGAAUUUGAAGAGAUCUUUCAGCGCAACAAAACGGUGUCAAGCAGUGCCAUAAAUCGGGCUGUGCAGGAUGCAAGUUCAGGCGAUUUCCCCAGCGCAAUAGAGACUUUGGUUACAGCCAUCUCUCUCAUCAAACAAUCCAAAAUUGCAUCAGACGAUCGAUGCAAAAUUCUCAUUAGUUCUCUGCAAGACACCCUUCACGGAAUUGAAGAGAAAUCCUAUGGCUCCAGAAGUAGCAGACGCUCAAGAUCACGAGAUCGAGAUCGAGACAGGGUGGAUAAAAGGUCUCGCCAUCACUCCCGGAGCAGAGAAAGAGAUGUCCGUGACUACCGUGAACGUUCACGAGACAGAGACAGGGAGAGAGACCGCCAUUAUGAUGACAGAAGAGAUAGAGACCGUGAAAGGGAGCGCAGUGAAAGAAGUGACAGAGGAGGAGAUCGAGACAGGGAGAGGGAGCGAAGUGACAGGGAGCGUAGCGAAAGAGAGCGAAGUGACAGAGAGAGGGCAGAACGGGAACGCAGUGACAGGGAGAGAGCUGACCGCGAGCGGGCGGAGCGGGACAGAAUUGAAAGGGAGCGCAGCGAACCGGGAACGAGGCGAAAGGGAACGUGGUGA